AUGGGAAUGCGUGUGUACCCUGAGAGCUCUGCAUGUCCAGCUGUGAAGAGACUUCCCAGGUGGAAACAGUGUGAUGAAGAAGAAAAAUGGUCAGAAAAGGAUGUUGCUGCAUUGGUGAAAAAACUGAAGAAGAGAGCCAUGGAGGAGCUGGAGAUGGCCCUGAGCUGCCCCGGGAAGCCCAGUCACUGUGUCACCAUCCCCCGCCCACUGGGUGGCAGGCUGCAGGUCUCCAACUUUGAUACUCCCCCACCUGCUGACUUGCCUUGUGAUGACCCCAUGACCCAGCAUGGCUCUCAAACAAUGGACACAAAUAUGAUAGCACCUUCAUUGUGUUCAGAAAUCAACAGAGGAGAUGUUCAGUCACUUGCUUAUGAGGAACCAAAAUACUGGUGUUCCAUUGUCUACUAUGAGCUCAGCAAUCAUGUGGGUGAAGUGUUCUAUGCCUCCUCCACAAGUGUGUUGAUGGGUGGUUUCACUGAUCCUUCCCACAGUGAGAACUGUUUCUGCCUUGGACAGAUCUCCAGUGUUAAGCAGAAUUCCACUAUUGAAAAGAUAAGGGAGCACAUUGGAAAAGGAGUGCAUCUUUACUAUGUUGGAGGUGAAGUGUAUGCUGAAUGCCUCAGUGACAGUAGUAUCUUCGUGCAAAGUUGGAACUGCAACUACCAUCACAGAUUUUACCCCAUGACUGUCUGCAAGAUCCCUAGUGGGUGCAGCUUGAAAAAUUUUAACAACCAAGAAUUUGCUCAGUUGUUGGCACAGUAUGUGAACCAUUGUUUCAAGACCGUCUAUGAGUUUACAAAAGCAUGUCUUAUAUGCAUGAACUUUGUGAAGGGCUUGGGAGCACAAUACCAGCACUAG